UCGCUCUUGCUGCUGAAAAGUGCGGCAUGUUAACAUAGUUACGGCACAGUCCAUCUCCGUAAGCUGCCAAAUCGGGGGGUCGAUAUAUUUUUUUGUUUCGACUUUGUCCGAGUCGAGUUGUCGAGCAGAUCGGAACGAUGCAUUCGAGACUCUCGGUUAGCAGGGGCCUUGCGAGGCAAACAAGAUCACUGUGGUCGUCUCCUGCAAGAUGCGAGGACAAGCCCAUCAUGAACCGCUAUAGCAGGACUGUCACGCAACCUAAAGACCAAGGUGCAAGCCAAGCCAUGCUGUACGCUACUGAAGGUAUCAAAGAUCAGGAGGACUUUCAAAAGGCCAUGGUUGGUGUCGCUAGUGUAUGGUAUGAGGGCAACCCAUGCAACCGACACUUGCUCGGCUUGGGGCAGGAAAUCAAGGGUUCCUUGGUCGAGUCUGGCCUAAUUGGCUACCAGUUCGGCACAGUUGGUGUUAGCGAUGGGAUUAGCAUGGGCACUGCGGGAAUGUCAUACUCUCUGCAGUCGCGCGACCUUAUUGCAGAUCAAGUAGAGACAGCCGCUGGCGGACACUGGUUGGAUGGAAUGGUUGUGGUACCGGGAUGUGACAAGAAUAUGCCGGGUGUGCUGAUGGCUCUCGGACGAAUCAACCGUCCGGGUCUCAUGGUAUAUGGAGGCACAAUUCGCGCGGGUUCAUGUGCGGGUCAACCUCAGCUAGAUCUUGUUUCUGCAUUCGAGGCGUACGGAAAAUACCUACAAAAUGGCAAAACGUCAGAAGCAGAAGCCGUCAGGUAUGAGACAGUGCGACAUUCAUGCCCCGGCCCAGGUGCUUGUGGAGGCAUGUACACGGCGAACACUAUGGCCAGUGCAGCUGAGGCCCUUGGAAUGACUCUUCCUGGUUCUUCGUCGUAUCCAGCCGAAUCUCAAGAAAAACACGAUGAAUGCAAGACUAUUGGUCCCGCCAUGCGAAAUCUCAUCGAGAAAAACAUUCUUCCCCGCGACAUCAUGACGCGCUCGGCAUUCGAGAAUGCUAUGGUUCUCAUCAUGAUCCUAGGAGGUUCGACGAAUGCCGUCCUGCACCUUAUUGCUAUGGCACACGCCGUAGGCAUCAAGCUUACCAUUGAUGAUUUCGCACGAGUGUCUGAGUCAACACCCUUCCUCGCCGACAUCAAACCAAGCGGCAAGUAUGUCAUGGAGGACAUCUACAAAAUCGGGGGCAUACCCAAGAUACUUUAUUUCUUGAUGAAAAAUAAUUUCAUUGACGGCAACAACAUGACGGUCACUGGCGCUACUCUAGGCGAGAACCUAGAGCGUUGGGUACAUAAACACGGGGAACUCUCUGCUAGUCAGGACGUAAUCCGCCCCCUCGAUAAGCCCAUUAAAGCUACUGGACACAUCAGAAUUUUGCGUGGUAAUUUGGCCCCUGGAGGUGCUGUUGCCAAGAUUACCGGUAAGGAAGGUCUUGGGUUUACCGGAAAAGCUCGCACCUUCGACUCAGAAGAGGCCUUUGUCUCCGCCGUUGAGUCUGGCUCAAUCAAAAAGGGCGAGAAAACAGUCGUCGUCAUGCGCUACCUCGGCCCUAAGGGUGGCCCUGGUAUGCGUGAGAUGCUGAAACCCACCAGCUUGAUUAUGGGUGCUGGUCUAGGUCAGGACGUCGCGUGCCUCACAGACGGGCGAUUUAGCGGAGGAUCUCAUGGAUUUUGCAUAGGUCACGUCGUCCCUGAGGCACAGGUCGGUGGACCUAUUGCGCUUGUGGAGGAUGGUGACACCAUUUCUGUCGACGCUGUGGCAAACACCAUGGAAUUGCAUAUUUCCUCUGAGGAGAUGGAACGCCGCCGGAAAGCCUGGGUUGCCCCACCAAUCAAGGUUACCCAAGGAACACUCCACAAGUAUGUUAAAAUGGUCGAAGACGCUAGCCACGGGUGCAUCACGGAUGGUUAAGAACAGUUAUAUUCUAUA